AUGGCGUGCGCGUUGAUGGUGUUCGUCGACGGCGCGAGCGCGAGGGCGGUGACGGAGACGUACGUCGCGACGCUGCGAGCGACGGAGGCUGGACGCGGCGCGAGCGGGACGGUGACGUUCGUCUCGGAGACGAAUAGGAGUAACGAAGAGGUGGUGGUGAUCACGGCGGACGUGCGGGGACUGACGCCAGGGAAACACGGUAUUAACGUGCACGAGAAUGGUGACGUGGAGGGGUGCGAUGACGCUGGGAAGUGCACGGGGGGGUCGUAUAAUCCGGAAAAGAGGCCGCACCGCGGACCGACGUCGUUGAAAAAGUUCGGCGCGAGCGCGUGCCACGGACGAUACGACGGAUGCAUUUUGAACAGGCACAUCGGAGAUCUUGGGAACAUCGUGGCGGACGAAAACGGCGUGAGCACCACGACGAUCAAGGAUCUGUACACGUCGCUCAAGGCGGGCGAGAAGGAAAACAUCGCCGGGCGCUCCGUCGUCAUUCGAGCCGGUAAGGAUGAUUACGAGACGGACGAGGACGAUGGGAACGCCGGUCCGAUCAUUCUUUACGGACAAAUCGCUCGCAAGUGA